AUGACACUAGAAAUUGUGGAGAAAUAUCAAGAGGAUCAAAUACAUGAUAUUACUGGACUUCCAAUUACAUUACAUGACAAAUUAAAGGAAGCUGUGAGUAACAUCAAGGUAAAUUCGAAACUCCAUUUUUUAACAAUACAAGGUGAUAAACUGCUAACUAAAGAGCAUAAAUGGUGGAUUCCACAAGAACAAUACGAAAUAAUAUUGUGGAUUAUAUGGAACACACACAUUAACAAUGAUAUGCAUCGUGGUAUACAGGAAACACUUCGAUGUAUUAGGAAACGAUACAACUUUGAUGAUCUCUAUAAACUUACUCAGGUGGUUGUCAACUCUUGUAAAAUCUGUCAAUCGAAUAAACCAACAAAUUUUUCGAUCUCAAACUACCGAUAUAUCCCUACUCCUAGCCGACCACAUAUGAUUAUGAGUGCAGACCACAUUACCGAUCUCGAUACUUCCAAAGAUGGAUAUAACGAAAUAUUAGUGAUAGUGGAUCUUUUUACUCGAUAUACAUACUUAAUCGCUGCGAAGAAACAGGAUACGGCAGAAGAGACAUUUCAGAGAUUAGAAGAGAGACUUUGUUUACAUGGCGGUUUACCCAUCACGAUGCUAACCGACAACGGAACAAAAUUCAAAGGUGAAUUCAACAAAAAUUUGUCCUGGCGUGGAAUAAAUCAUUGGAAUACUUCUAUUUACAGAGCAAAGUCAAACGGUGCUAACGAACGUAUGAAUGGUAUUAUUAAACAAUGCCUAAGAACUCAUGGAGCAUUAAUGCGUCCACAUUGGCCUCAACAUCUAUCAGCUACUGAAUUUUUCAUUAAUAGUAGGACACACUCGGCAACACGUCGAUCUCCAAAUGAGUUGAAAUUUGGCUAUGAACCUGAAUGGAUAGAUACAAAUAAACGUCUGGAAAUGCUUAAUACUGAUACCAGAAUACAAGUCAUGUCAGAUGAAGAAUGGUAUAAUUAUAUCCAAGAAAAGGUAAAACCAAUUCAAGCCCUAUUAGUAAAAAGUAAAGAUAGAAAUAAACAGAAGAUUACCAAAACAGGGAAACCAGUAGUAUUCAAAGUAGGUGAAAUGGUAUGGAUUUCUAGACAUGCAUACGUUGCAAAAGGACCUGAAGGCGCUAAAAGCUGUUUUUAUAGGACCUGCUGUUAUUAA